UUCAAGUAACAGAAGUCAAAACAGUUGAAAAGAAAAAAAUUAUUGUAUUAUCGUGUAAUCCUAAAUUAGUAAAUUCCUCUCUAUCUUUAAAAGAUUUACAGAAUAAUAUGAUGAUCAGCUGUGUAAUUAAAAGUGUCGAAGAUCAUGGAUACAUUCUCGAAACGGGUCUUCCUUUAAACGCGUUUUUACCUGAAAAUCAAGCCCAAGUCUUUAUUAAAUACUGGAAAAGGAGUUUAAGACUUUCAAUCGGGCAAUAUCUGCAUUGCAAGGUGGAGUUACCACCUAAUCUCGGGUCAAGUAAGAACAACCUGCCUAAGUAUAUUCCUGUUUCAAUCUACACUGGAGUAUUUGGAAAGGAUAAAAUUGACAUAUCAUCAUUGUUUUUAGACACUUUAAAUACACGCGUAUUUGAGAAAUGGUGCCCAACUUCGGUGGAUGCCAUCUUACCCGGCUCAGUCAUGGUGGUCACUAUAGUGCGCAAACUUAAUAAUGGAGGCUACGAGGUUGCUACCCAACACUCCACUCGAGGAUAUCUCACUCCACCCCUCCCAUCUUUAGAGGAUUCAGAUGAUGAUCAGGAUGAUAAAAGGAAAAAAACAGAUGACCAUACAGAAUGUAGUAGUGGAAAAGACGGCAAAGAUAAUUUAGAAAAAAGGAUAGAUGUUUUGAAUUCUAUUUUAAAAAAGGAGAAAGGCUGGGCUAUUGGUAAACGCGUUUUUCCGGUGAUAGUAACUUACGUCAAUUCGUUUACAAAGGCCUUCGCGGUGACGGCCCGACCUGGCAUGAUAAGAAAUAUAAUGGCUCCCGCUAGAGGGGGCCUUUUCGCUCCCAAUUUUUGCUUCAGAAAUGUUAAUAAUCUUCUCGAGGAUUCGGAACUUAAUAAUAUUAAAGACACUCUCGUAUAUGCCAACCGCGGAAAAAUUAUAAAUAAUGUGCGUGUAAUAAGUGUGAUUAAUGGCGGAAAAUUUACGACAAAAUUAUUUGUAGCCUUUGAGCUAAAAAUUAUUACAUCAAGAGGACGCGGUAAUAAAGCUAACGACCUGACAAACAUUAUAAAGUUAGUUGGUAUAGGAAAUUGGAAGACAACUGCAGGCGUUAAUAUAGUUGGUAAAGAUGAUUCGAAAAAGUUAAAAAAAGACUUAAAAACGAACCUGAAAGAUGGUAAGCAUAAUAAGAGGGAGGCUUCGGUAGCCCAAACUGAAUCGAAUAAAAAGAGCAAAGUAAUCGACAAAAAUUUCGUCCCAGCUUUAGGCUCCACUCUGGCCGGCUGUCUACUAGAUUUUGAUCCCGUCCUUGGCAUCGCCAUCUUGGAUUUUGAUCCGAAGUAUUCACUUUGCUCCAAAUCUAUGUCACCCUUCGGCGAACAUUCAUCCUUCCCCAGCGAAUUUCCCCUCAAAAAAAGCGCGGCUUUGAAAAGUUGGGUCGUUUCGCAGGACGCCUGGCGAAAUUAUGAAUCGGUCGCUAUUGGUGCUAUCGUUCAUGGAUGUGUGGUGCUUAAAUACAGCGACGAAGAAGGAGUGUUGGUCAAGAUUAACGAGCGGAUAAGAGGCUUCAUUCCGUUACUUCAUUUAUCCGAUUCACUUUCAAGCUUUAAAAACAAGGGAAAAGGUAAAGAGCAAGUUAGCGCUGUCAUCAAAAAAUAUAGGCGCAAAUUUUACACCCCCGGGAAGUUGCUGACUUGUCGAGUGAUUGACGUGCUCCCCGACCUCACUAAGCUCAUUGUGACCCACAAAAAGUCUCUCAUUAACUCAAUUCUGACUCCUUUGAAAAGCUAUUCCCAGGUCAGGUUUGGCACUCUAGCCAAGGGCUCAAUAGUCAAUAUUAUGGAUUACGGCUUGCUCGUUGCUUUCUACGGUUCAGUCAAGGGGAUCAUCAGGUUCGCUUCACAACCGGUCGAAAUUACGGAAUCACGUGAACCCAUCGAUCAAAAGGAGCUAUACCGACUUGGGCAAACUGUAACGUGUCGCGUGUUGGAAGUCAGGGUGGAGGAAAGGAAAAUGAGCCUGGCCAUACAUAAACGUAAAUUGACAGAUGAUCUAUCAAUCAGAGACGAAACUGUUAUUGAAAAGGAAAUCGAAACGACUACAACAAAAAUUAUAGUGGAUAAAUAUCAAGGCCUGAAAGUUGGAAGGAUUUAUUCUGGUGUCAUAACGUGUAAGAUGACCUCUGGAUUUCGCGUUAGCGUACAAUUACCUGGUCAUAAAAAGAUUUCCACAUUUUUACCCAAAUCUCACCUUUCCGAUUUCCCCGCCAACUUCCAACUUAUCUGGGACCACUGGAAUGAAGGAAUGGAAAUAGAAAAUUUGCUUUGCUUAUCCUUAUCCCCUAAAAUAAUUUUGACAAAUAAGUCCUUUUACAAACGGAUCAAAGACCCUCUUCCCGGUGGAUCUCGCGCCAUACUUCCUCUCAUUCCAAACGAUAAUUCUGACCGCAACGCCGAUGUCAACACGGAAUACGACACUGCCGAUGGUCUGUUGCCAGGUAUCUAUUGCGUCGGAAAGAUAAAAACUCACAGAGAAUGUGGUUUAAUAGUGAAUUUCCCGGAUGGUACACGUGGAUUGGUACAUCGAUCUCACUUCCCAGGGCGAGGUCACGAGUUUAAUCCGAAAGAUCGAGAAACUAAUGAUGACGCACCAACAGACGAUAAAAUUGAUAAACGAAAUAAAAUGGAAGUUAAAAGAGAGGAGAAGCAAGAUGGCCACUUAGAAAUUGCACUCGAUGGGAAACAAAGUGAGGAAAGUAUGUUAAACACGACUCCCGGAGCUACUAUAAUGGCCAAAGUUUUGGAGGUCAAGUGUCCCUCCGUUAAUGAACAGACGAUAAAAGCAAACGAUACCAGAACUUUGCUUUCAUUGACCCUCGCUGACAGGGAUAUUAAUAGUGACAGGCGAAAAGUUAGCUUUGGAGAUAAGGGCGCCACCAUGUUGGAUUAUUAUUGGUCGGAAAGAAUGGCCAUUUUUUCUAGAUUUAGUGUGCAACAUUCUUACAAUUUAUUCUUACCCGGACAACUGCUGAAAGCCCAAUACAUAAUAGCGCCACAAGAGGACGGUAAUGCAUAUUUUGUAAUUUUAAAUCCGAUUAAGUCCGACAUAAAGUUACUAUGCUUAGCCCGCAUCCCUAAAACCGAAGGAGCCUCCCCUACGAUAUACGAUUUUAAAAUGGGCGCAAUUGCAGAUGAGAAUUACGAAGCGCCGCCAUUAAAGGUAGACAAAAAAUAUGAUGUAAUGAUUUUGCACCCCGUGAAUAUCAAAGAAAGUGAUAUCGAUCAUAAUGGUUCACCAACUCUCACCUAUUCAGCCAUGAUAGUCAUGAAUCACAACAUAUCUCGAAAUAAAGAUUCCAGCAAUUUUGAGUCAUUCUCGAGUUUAGCAAAUUCUAACGAAAAGGAUUCGGUUAUUGAGGCAACCAUUUUAGGGCUUGAAAACUGUGAAAACAACGUUUCCACGAAUAACUCCCCCAGGAAAAAUUUACCGAACGAGGAAAAUGAUAAAAGAAAAGCGAAAGCGUCUUCUUAUUUUGCCAAUGUCCUGCUGGAGUUAAACAAGAAGUCUGACGCGAAAGACGGUAAAACUAUAAACGGAAUCAAGAAUUAUUUCCCGGCAUUUUUACCCCUCUACUGGGAUUUUUGUGACGUGUUGCCUAAGGUUGACUCACAAGACCUAAUCGUCGGAAAGAAAUUUAAAGUUCAGAUCUCUUGCAUCGAAUCUAAAUUCAAAUACGUCACGGUAAGAUCUUUAAAACAUUCGUAUAUUCCGCAAUCAUCCUCCUUGCAUACAGAGACCUCGACAAACGAUCUGCCUCUCACAGGAAUCGUAUUUCCUAGCGGAAAGUUUAGGAUAGCCAAACGAGCUGUCACCCAUCUAGAACUCGAGCCUAUGAAGGCUCGGAUUUACGUCGAUCAAAUCUAUGAACGAUUUUUUGGGCAAACACAUACUAACAACAAGCGCAAAAUAUUGAAUCAUUUUCCCAGAGGCUCCCUGAUAGAGGAUUCUUUAUACGUCAUGUGCCACGAAAAAGUGAUCCUCAGAAAACGAUUAGCACUUACUCAUCCAGGAAUAGCCACGACAGUUCCGAUUCUGGGUUUUGCCGGCCUUCCUUCCGAAGUUGAUUCCCGGCUUUUGAAUAGGAAGCCCUAUGAUUUCAAAAUUGACGAACAGUUGACAUGUUUUGUGGAAUGCGUGCAACCUGAAAAGCGAAAGAUUACAUUUUUCGUCAACCACCUGACUAAGGCUGUUUGCAUGGAUGUCGAUCUGUCCAUCAAUAAAAAGAUUAUAUCCAAUGUUUCCCUAAAAUUUAAACGCGGUCGAGUCUGCAAGGGUGCCCGCGUCAUUAAUAUCGUAUCGACCGGUGAAGGCGGAACCGAACGCGUCUUACAUCUGUCGCUCAUUCACGAUUCUUUUGACCAAACUAUACUGCCACCUAACUCAUUGGUGUGUGGUCUUUAUCUGAGACGUCUGCCCGACCAAAUGGGUUUCCUAUUCAAGCUACCCAGGAAUCGAUUUGGUAUAGCUUCCAUCUUUAAUUUAAGAGAUUUGUUGGCGGAUGCUCUUAAAUUUUGUCCCGACAAACGGUCCCUUCAUAAAUGCAGAAUCCUCAAUCCAAUUUCCCCAAUCUUGGACACCCCUUCUAAAAAUCGUCUGCUUAAGGUGCUCAAAUCAGAAGACGAUGAAAUUUUGAAUCGCGUUUAUUUAAUCAGUCUAAAAAGAUCGAAAAGAGCCGAAAAUUUUUUGCCUGAUUCGGGCGAUAUAUUAUCGCAGUUCCAACCAGGCCACGUAGUCACCGGCCUACUGACAAAUAUGGCUCCCAAUCACGUGAUUUUAUCACGUUUUCCGCGAAUCAUCUGCGUUGCCGAAUCUCAAAUCUUUGGGAAUAGGGCGGAGGAUUACUUUUUACCAACGGCGCUAAAAGAAACAGGUGAUAAGGAAGAAGCUGAAAAUAUUAUUAAAGGAAAUAAGCUGGAAAAAGAUGUCUCGAAAAUCAUAACAUGCCUGAUUACCGAGUAA